GCCGUUUCCGUGGCGGUCAUUUUAGCGGCUCUGGGGUCUUUGGCCUCGGUCAGAGGUGCGGAACACCGGGUUGUGACCGAGGCGACGGACACAGAAAGCACGAGAGGAGGCUUUGUUCCCGCUGUACGGAGGCGGGUCUGGGGUCGGGAACUUCGCUGCCUGCGACGCCGAGCUGGACACUUCGGAGACCGUCCGGGUCGCUCAGGUGUCAUCACUUCACUCCGCCCACGGAGUCCGAUGGCGGCGGACGGGUCCGGGGACCCGGCUCAGGUUUCCAUGGGUACAGAAGUGCUUUGGGGACCUACACAGGGAAGUGUGACUUUUGAGGACGUAGCCUUGUACUUCUCCUGGGAGGAAUGGGAUCUCCUAGAUGAGGCUCAGAGAUGCCUGUACCACGACGUGAUGCUGGAGACCUUUGCACUCACAUCCUCCCUAGGUUGUGGGCAUGGAGUGGAGGAUGAGGAUGCACCUUCUGAAGAAAGCAUUUCUGUAGGAGUGUCACAGAUCAGGACUCUCAAGGCAUACUCAUCUCCCCAGAAGGCCCAGCCCUUUGAGAUGUGUGGCCCGAUCUUGAGAAACAUUCCACACUUGGCAGAGCACCAGGAAACUUAUCCUGGGGAAAAACCAUAUACAUGUGGGAAACAAUUCUGUUUAGCUGCCAACCUUCAACAGUACCAGCGGCAGCGUACUCGGGAGAUUCCCUUCAGAAGUUAUGUGGACAGAGCCUCGUUUUUAAAGAGCUGUACAGUUCACGUGUCAGGGAAGCCCCUUAGCUCUGAGGAGACAGGGAAGGACUUCUUAGCCAGCAUGGGAUUUCUCCAACAACAGGUCACUCACACUGGGGAGAAGCUGAACAAUGAGUGUGGGACUGUCUUUCACAGUGGAAAAAGUCAUCACAACUGUGGAGAAUGCAAGAAAGCCUUCAGCUGCACAGACACACUUGCUCAGGACCAGAAAGUCCUCACUAGAGAAGGACUUUAUGAGUGUGGCAAAUGUGGAAAAGCCUGUACCCGAAGAUGUAACCUCAUCCAGCACCAGAAAAUCCACACUGGGGAAAGACCUUAUGAAUGCAGUGAAUGUGGAAAAUACUUUACCUACUAUUCCAGUUUCAUUAUACAUCGGAGAGUCCAUACUGGAGAAAGGCCCUACAAGUGCAGUGAAUGUGGGAAGUCCUUUAGCCAGAGCUACAGCCUCAAUAGCCAUAGGAAAGUUCACACUGGAGAGAAGCCUUAUGAGUGCAGGGAAUGUGGAAAAUCUUUCAGCCAAAGGUCCAACCUCGUUCAACAUCAGAGAGUUCACACUGGAGAAAGGCCUUAUGAGUGCAGUGAAUGUGGGAAGUCCUUUAGCCAAAACUUCAGUCUCAUUUACCACAGGAGAGUUCACACUGGAGAGAGGCCUCAUCAGUGUGGUGAAUGUGGGAAAUCCUUUAGCCGAAGCUCCAGCCUCAUUCACCACAGAAGACUUCACACUGGAGAAAGGCCUUAUGAGUGUACUAAAUGUGGGAAAUCCUUUAAGCAAAGUUCCAGCUUCAGUUCACAUCGGAAAGUCCACACAGGAGAAAGGCCUUAUGAGUGUGGAGAAUGUGGAAAAUCCUUUAGCCAUAGCUCCAACCUCAAGAACCACUGGAGAGUUCACACUGGUGAAAGGCCUAUUGAAUGCAGUGAAUGUGGAAAGUCCUUUAGCUGUAAAUCUAACCUUGUCAAACACCUGAGAAUUCACACUGGAGAAAGGCCUUAUGAGUGUGGAGAAUGUGGAAAAUCCUUUAGCCAAAGCUCCAGCCUUAUUCAACAUCGGAGAGUUCACACUGGCAAGAGGCUUACUGAGUGCAGAGAAUGUGGGAAAUCCUUUAGCUCCAAAGCCGACCUCAUUCAACACCAGAGAUUUCAUACUAGGGAAAGGUCUUAGAUGUACAGGGACAUGUGGUUUCCUUUUAAAUAAUUACACUGGAGGAAGGAAGUUGUGAAGAAGCCAUCCAGCAAAUUUAAGCCCAUAUGUCUGAAAUUUCAUAGUGGUGAGAUCCAAGUAUGUGGGAAUCUAUAAGGAGCUGUGUUACACUUCCUAACCUGUCCAGGGUUCUUGCCAGAUAUAUGUCACUGCCAGUUUCUGUGGAAGAGUUUUGUCAUCUCUACCACUCAGCAGGUUCACACAGUAUGCAUCAGUUACACCACAGUGUCCUCAGGGACGUCUCCCCACCCCUCUUUGCUGGAGGAAAUCAUGAUUAGUCUUAGCCCUUAUAGGGUCUUCAUUCUCUUCUCUUGUAGAAGUCAGGGGAUGGCCCUACCCAGUUUUGGCCCAGCGGACCCAAUCUGAGUUCUUCUGGUAACUUGCCAAGAAGGACUACAUUUUCAAGGAUGUGUUAGUUUUGUGUGACACUCAUCUUGGAUUUUCCUAUCUUCCAAGUCACCAAUCUGCCUCAUAUUGCUUUGGAUUUUGCAAUAAUAAAGACAUUAUUGCUUAAGCGUC